AUGGCGUCUCCCAGCGGCUGCCGGCCGCAGCCCGGCGGGCAGGGCGGGGGCGGCCUCGGGGCCGGGCCCGGGGCUCUGCGAGGCGCCGAGGAGGACGCCGAGGGGCUGUACGUGGCGGUGGAGCGCUGCCCGCUCUGCAACACCACCCGCCGCCGCCUCACCUGCGCCAAGUGCGUGCAGGGCGGGGACUUCGUCUUCUUCGACGGCCGCGACUCCGAGAGGUUUUCAGACAAGAAGGAAAGGCUGAUGCAUCUUAAGACCAAACAGAGAGAAUUCCAAAAACAUGUUUUGAAGGCCAUGGAAGGCAAAGAGAUAACUGAUCAGCUGAGGUGGAAAAUAAUGUCUUGCAAGAUGCGGAUCGAACAGCUGAAGCAGACCAUUUGCAAGGAGAAUGAUGAAAUGACAAGACAUGCGGAGGGGCUUCUGAGAAUUAAAGAGGAGAACCAGAAGCAUUAUCGCAGGGCUCAGCGGCAUCAGGAGAAGAAGGAGAAGAUCCAGAGGCACAACCGCAAACUGGGAGACUUGGUCGAGAAAAAAACCUACGACUUGAAAACCCAGCACGAGCACCUGGCAAACCUCCGCCGGACGCAUAUCCUGGAGCUAACAUCGGUCAUAUUUCCCAUUGAAGAAGUAAAGACAAGCAUGAGAGAUCCUGCAGAUGUGUCUUCUGAGAGCGACAAUGCUAUGACCUCCAGCACUGUGAGCAAGCUUGCAGAAGCCAGGAGAACCACGUAUCUCUCUGGGAGAUGGGUGUGUGAUGACCACAACGGGGACACCAGCAUCAGCAUCACGGGGCCUUGGAUAACCCUUCCUAAUAACGGAGACUACUCAGCGUAUUACAACUGGGUUGAAGAGAAGAAGACUACACAAGGACCAGAUAUGGAACAUAAUAACCCUGCUCAUACCAUCAGUGCUGCAUUGUGCUAUGCAACUCAGCUCGUUAACACUUUGUCUCUCAUACUUGAUGUAAAUCUUCCCAAGAAGCUCUGCAACAGUGAGUUCUGCGGAGAGAAUCUCAGCAGACACAGGUUCACGCGAGCAGUGAAGAAGCUGAAUGCUAAUAUCCUUCACCUCUGCUUCUCUCAGCAUGUAAACUUAGAUCUGUUGCAUCCACUGCAUACGCUCAGGAACCUUAUGUACCUGGUCAGCCCAGACACUGAGAACUUGGGCAGGUCUGGGCCUUUUGAAAUCAGCGCCGAUCUGGAAGACUCCAUGGAGUUCGUGGAUCCCAGCGCCACCGGUGAGACAGACGAGAGCGGAGACGAGCACGUCAGCGACGAGGAGACGGAUCUGGGGACAGACUGGGAGAACCUGCCGAGCCCCAGGUUCUGCGAUAUCCCUUCCCAGCAGGUGGAGAUGCUGCAGAGCCAGAGCACGCAGGCGUCGCAGCCCAUCGCCAGCAGCAGCGCUGGCGGGAUGAUCUCCUCCGCUGCUGCCUCAGUGACCUCGUGGUUCAAGGCGUACACUGGACAUCGCUAACGAGCACGGGAAAAGGAUGGCAGGAUUUUGGAAGGAAUCGCUCCCCAACAAUGCUGUAGUAAACCUUACCGAUUCAGUUAAGUAGUGCCUGGAACAAAGAAAAGGUCGGACUUCAAUUUUGUAAACCAGAAGAACCUUUUUAUUGACCCAAGACGACUGUGACGGUACCGUUUUGUAAAUUAGCUAGCUACGUAAUUCUGACGGAUUCCGUGAUGGCACUCUGUGUCUUGGCUCUGUCUGCAUUGUUGAAUAUCAAAGGAGGAGGACCCAGCAGCCUCCGGCUCU